AGUCCUGCAGGAGCCGUGCACUGAUGCAGAGUCAGGUGAGAGAGAAACAUCACACUGUACCUACAUCAACAUAACGCAAAGCCUACCUGGGUGUUUCAUUGUUUGCACGUGACUGGUGGUUUUCUCGCUCUAAGAGGUUUCGGGCAAUGCUGUUAUUGUGUGGUGGAGAUGCUGAACUCUAGAUGACUGUGUGUGUGUCUGUGGUUUAGCACACGAGUGCACGCUCACGAGGAGAUCGGGAGCAUUCUCGUCCGGACUGAAAAAAAGACACGCGGAACUGAGCCAAAUUCAUUAAACACCAUCAAAGGAAAGAGGAUGACCGUAUGGAAAUGGGAGGAUACUUUAUUCGUUAAUUUCUCAGCGCGUCUUUGACUUUUUUAGUUGAGUCACACGUCGGAAAAUAUCCCGGACUUUUUACCUAUUCGUCGUUAAAAAGCAUACCAACCUUAUGAAUGACAUAACACAUAGCAUAAGCUUUAUUUGAAGUUGGAGAAAUCGAGCUGCUCGUCCAGCAGUAGCCUAAAUGAUGGCCGUCUGAUCGAUUUGUGAAUACUUAACGCUAUUUCAUUCACCCGCGGGAUUUUUUUUAUACACAUUCACUUUGGAUUUGGAGAAUAUGGCAAUAAACACAGAUACGGAGUUUGCCAAAACCAACCUGGGGGAGCGCGGCGGGACACAAUUGACCGAGUCUCAGGAGACCGAGAAACUUCUCACGACCACCGAGAUGACCGGGGUCAAGACCUCCAGCUCGUUCACGGUCAGCGUCGGCGGUGAAAAGGAUCUCGAUGCGGAUCAAAACGGCCACAGUUUGCCGCUCAGAUCCGGAUCGACGGGGCAGCUCGGAUCGGCUCCCCUCUCGCCGUCCAGAGUCAGCCUGAGCCGCACAUCAUCCACCGGCAACACCGUCCAAGAGCAGCAGAGACCAAAAGACUACCUCAUAUUGGUCAUUUUAUCCUGCUUUUGUCCCGUCUGGCCGAUAAGCAUCGUUGCUUUGGUCUAUUCAAUCAUGUCAAGAAACAGUCUACAGCAGGGUGAUAUGGAUGGGGCGAGGCGCUUGGGACGCUUGGCUCGCCUGCUCAGCUGUGUUUCUAUCAUUCUCGGCCUUCUGGUUAUCAUAAUCUACGUGGUGGUUACAGUAACUGGAUAAUAAAGUGGGGACACAGUGAGGAUGAGAAACAGCCAAGAAUCUACAGUACUGCAAAAAACCUCACCAAUGAAAUCAUUAAAAUAAGGUCUCCCUCAUUAAAAUAACGCCUCUGAUGUUGAAAAAAAGAAACAAGAGUGUAGCAAGCGGAUAAGAUCAAAUUAAAUAGCAAAACUGCAUGCGAUAGGUUAGCAUGCUCAAUGAAAAAGAAAACAAAAAACCCCGUACAAGAAGAAUGAUGGCUUGCAUUUUGUAAAUGAGAGGCAGUGAAGUUUCGACAUGAACUCGCUCCAGAAACGACAAGACUUUUCUUCGAAGAUAGAAUGGUUGCAACAUGAGUGUGCCCAACUGUAUUUUAACCCUAUAUUAAUCUUAGAUGAUCAUGCAUUUAAAAAUUAUGCACAGAUAUAUUUGCAAUAUACCUACUGAUGUAUGUUUUAUAAAAAAAAAAGAUUUAUAUGUGAAGUUAAAUGUACGAACACUGUUGGCUAAAAAGGCCUAGACAGAUAUGUAAAGAAAUGGUCAAUGGAAAAUCUUUGAGGUUGGAGUUUUUAUUUAUUUAUUUUGUAGAUUUUGAUUAUAAAAUUAGACCACUUGCAUGCCAAAUCUUGUACAUGAAUAGCCAACAGCUGUCAACCUUUUUUACAACUUUUUUUUUAGAUACACUGAGAGUAAAGAUUGGAAUGUAUGUUGUUGUCCAUUGUGUGUUGAAUGCUAAUCUUUACCAUACUCUCUCAGUGACACGAUGUAAACAUAGAGCUCUGCCUGGUCACCAGACUCCACGUCCUGUACUAGUGUAGUGUACUAGGUGGGACUGUAAUGUUAAGCAUGCCGGGCCUUUCCUACCUAACAGAACUGCUGGUGCAUGGACAUUCAUCUACAGGCAUGCAAGGGCCAGCACCUUUCUAGCCUAUGUGCCAAGAAUAAUAUGCUAAACAAAUCACAGAACUAUAGUUUUUCCAGGAUAGAAUGCCAGUCAUCAAAUUUCCUACUUAACCCAUAUAAAUAUGAGAUAGCCUAUAUAUGAACAUAUUUAUAGAAAUAUUUAGGCAUGCUGUGGGUGGACAAUACAACACUUUCUUAUCUUCACGUAGAAUGACGUGUGUGAGACUUCGUUUUUGAGACACCGCACAGUGUUUACUGCAUCUCUGCGAUCGCUCAUACAUCACUGACAUGCUAAUGUUUAGAGCAGUGGUUCAGGAUUAACAUUGAAUAAGAUACAGACACAUUACAGCACUUAUCUGGAUAGUUGGUUAGGCAGAGCGACUGAGGACAUUCAGACACCGCAGGAAUCUUGUUGAUCUGCUUUCUUUAUACUGAAUGAAGUAUUUCUACACACCCAUUGUUUAUUGCAAAGCACUUUAUCACAUAUUUUUCAUCAAUAUUCUGAAUCUCACAUGCUGUCAAUACUAUCAUUCACAACUUUGUUAUUUUGUAUGACUAUGUGUGUUUUGCAUUUUGUCCCACAAACAGACUGCUGGCUCCUAAACAUUUAA